AUGUCCGGCAAGUCGGUCGAGACGUGUACCGCCCUGUGCAAAAUGCCUGGGAUAUUGUAUGGUACCGCCUGGAAAGACACCCAGACGACCCAGCUCGUGUUUACUGCGUUUCUGUAUGGCUUCCGUGGCGUAGACACGGCGGCGCAGCGCAAGCACUACCGCGAAGACUUGGUCGGCGAGGGUGUGUUGCAGGCCAGCAAGCAGUUGGGCCUUUCCCGUGGCGAUGUGUGGCUGCAGACCAAAUUCACGCCCGUGUCGGGUCAGGAUACCAGUGGCCCCCUUCCGUACGACCUGCAUGCGCCGGUUGCGGAACAGGUCUGUGCGAGCUUCCAGAGCAGUCUAAAGAACCUGCAUCCCGAGUCAAAGAUCCCCUCGGUGACCGAUCUCGUGGCCAAGUACGCAGUCACGGCGCGUGGCAACCAAGGCAAGAAUCUCGGCCCACCCCCCAAGCAGGAGGUGUACAUUGACAGCUACCUGUUGCACUCGCCGCUGAGCACGCUCGAGAGCACGCUCGAGGCAUGGCAUGUGCUCGAGGCGCUUGUCGACACUGGGCUCGUUCGCCAAAUCGGCCUGAGCAAUGUCUAUGAUCCCCAGAUCUUUCAGACGCUGUUCCAGCUUGCACGCAUCAAGCCGAGUGUCGUGCAGAACCGCUGGCACAGCUCUACUGGCCACGACGUGUCGCUCCUUCCCCUUCUUUCGCCGACGCUCUCGCCGAACGCGUUCCCCCCCGCGGCGUCGGUCGGCGACGAGCCGCCGCACGGCGUGACCUACCAGCCGUUCUGGACACUCACUGGAAACCAACGCCUGGUUGAGUCGGACACGGUCGCGGUGCUCGCGAUCAAGCACAGCCUGACGCCUGCGCAGGUCAUUUAUGCGUACGUGCACCAAGGCCUCGGCAUCCCUGGCCUGUCGACGUGCGUGCUGAGCGGCACGAAAGACGAAAAGCAUAUGGAGGAGGCCGUGCGUGCCGUCUCCCUGGACCCCUGGGAGGAGGACGAUCUGACCGCGCUCCGGUCGGAGCUCUAUGGCGAGUAG